GACGUGGUGGCUUUAGUCACAGGAUGGAGACGACGAUCCCACAGGUCUUUUCCAACCUAAUCGGUUCUGCGAUUUUAAGCCCAUAGAACGAUCUUAAGCGAAAAAUCUGCAUUUAUUUGGCAGGGAGAGAAGCGGUUCCCGGGGCGAUUCCCGGGGCGGCUCCCGAGCCCUCACGGCCUCAGCCCGCGCGGCCGUUGGGCCGGGCCCUCAGCGCGCGCGUGCCGCGCGCUCCCGCCCGCCCGUGAGGCGGGGCCGCCGCAGCGCCCAAAUACCGCGGCUGCCGGCCGAGCGCUGCAGUCACGAUCCCGGUGCUGCAAAGUCAAGCCCAGAAGAAAGGUCACCCUGACCUGUUUCAGAGCCCCUUCAGGUCCCAAAGAACAGGACAGAGAACUCUCUCCAGCCAGAACACUCCUUAGGGUAGAAGACGAGGAUUUCUGGUCUGAAGCAGAGGGUGACCCAAGCUGCUGUGUCUCUGAAUCCAUCAUGGAACAGAUCAAUGGAUCUCUUCAGAUGGAGCAUGCCCUGCUGUUCUCCUUCCUGGAUGCAUCCUCUGACUGUCAUUUCAAAGACCAGCUGCAUUCCCUGCACAGCCCACAGAUCGUGUUGUGCCAAGGAAGCGAUGAUGACGAGCUUCAGACCGAUGGCAAUCGGAGUGGCCACUUCCAGAAUGGUGAGCUAGAGUUGCCACCAACAAAUGAAGAAGUUAUCCGGAUCAUUGCUGCUCAGCUCGCUGAGAUUGGAGACCAGUUUGAUAAAGAAAUCCAAGCAAGAGUAGCAAGGGACCUAGCGCAGCACUUUGUGAAUGAGAGACUGUCUAGAGAGGAGAUAACCCUGCACCUGUCCAGGGCAGUGAAUGAGCUUUUAACAUCCAUCCCCUCAGACAUGGCACAGGAGAAGGCCAUGUUGGUGCUAGCAAUGGUCUUAACUAAGAAAAUUGUGAACACACUGCCCUCCCUUCUACACCGUGUCUAUGAUGCCACUGUGAACUACAUGAACCAGCAGUUCCACGACUACAUUAUUGAAAUGCUGGGUGAGUGAGCUCCCCAGCCCUGUGUGGAGCAUGUGGACUCCUGAAGACUUUCCUUGAUGGAUGAAGAUUACUUGAUUUACUCUAGCCUUCUGAGAUACACCUGUGAAAGGGAUGGUGGAGCUUCAUAGAUAGGCUUUUGUAGACUAGCACAGCAGUAAUAGUAGUGUGAGCUGCCUGCCAGCUCUGCCAGUACCUGUAGGGAGUAGUGCUUGCCUCUCUCCUUUUAUAAUUUUUAUUUUAGCAGCAGCCACCUUUGUGCCUCCACAGGCCCAGUGGGCACAGGGCCUACCCUCUGUGGUUUUUUUUAAGCCACUGUAACAUUCUGCUUUAGUUAUUCUCUUCCCAGCCCUGCUCCUGCAGCUGAGCCGUGCUGAAUGUUUUUCCCAGGAAGGCCUCAGGCUAUGGAAGGGGUGGUUCAUCAGCAGAAUAAUCAGGGAUGGGUGGGAAUCAGGUCUAGAUGAGAAGCUGGCAAGAGGGAACAGAGCCCUCAGUGAUAGAGGGGGCUGUGGCCAGAGAAGGUUGACAUGAAAAUACUUCAGUAUCAAUCACCAUACACUCGAGUUUGCUUGAAAAAUAAAACUGAGGGAAAAACUGUAAAGAAAAGGACUGGGUAGGCACAAGGCAAGUCUUUUGGGAAUGCAACCUGGAUAUACUUAAGGAAAAGUAGCAUUAUCUUUAGUUACAUCUCAGGUCGAACAAACUUGGUCUCAGGUUGUUUGAUAUAUAAUCACACAAGGUGGCACAUGUGUCACCCGUGAUCCAGCUCCCUCAGGACUUUUAUUAGUAUGUAAAUAUUUUGUGGGGUUUUUUAACUUAAAUAAAAAUUCCAUUUCUCAUGGCUA